AUAUUACUGAUUCUCGAGCUGGUUAGAAAUGAUAUCUCACGCUGUACGAGGGCGGCACCUAAUGCGCGCCCUGUCCACGACAGUCGCAUGGACUCGCAUUCGCCCGGGACAAAGUGCCUUGUCUAAAUAUUUUAGUGAUAAAGUUACUCGCCUCGAGAGAUUCAAUGGCGCGACAAUGGUGAUGGCUCAGCGUUUCUACAGUCGCCGACGCGACGAUCCCGACGACAAGAAAGCGCCAGCGGGACCAGAAGGUCCGUCCGAGCGAGACUCCCACCUGCCUGCCACAGUGGUGGUGCCCGACGUAUGGCCACAUGUUCCGCUGCUGGCCAUGCGGAAGAAUCCCUUGUUUCCGCGCUUCAUGAAGAUUGUGGAGGUGUCCAACCCAAUUGUUAUGGAUCUGCUGCGUCGCAAAGUUAGCCUUAAUCAGCCCUACGUUGGGGUUUUCCUCAAGAAAGUCGACGGGGAAGAGGAGGUCGUCCAGAAUCUGGACGAGGUCUAUCACCUGGGCACUUUUGCACAGAUCCAAGAGAUUCAGGAUUUGGGCGACAGGAUGCGCCUUGUGGUGCUGGCCCAUCGUCGCAUACGCAUCACAGGACAGGUGGUCGAGGAUCUGCCGAAUCCAAAAAAGCCAGUGAAAAUGACAACUUUGCAUUAUCCACUAUUUAAUAUUAAAUUACACAUCCCAGCUGAAGAUCAAACAACAAACAACAAAUCAUCGACAACGUCACAGUCGUCCAGUGAACGCCGUAAAACGCGUCGCGCAAUUAAGCAAAAAUUACAAGAGACUGCAGCUGCCGCUGACGCUGACGCUGACACCACAAACCCAAUGGACGAAUUUGAAUUGAAACAGCGUUCGCAUAUCUCAGAGAAAUUUAAAGCUAUCAAAGCGGCAGCCAAAGCCGCCCUCGAUGCCGAAGCGAGUACAUCAGCUACCCCCGAUGCAGAGUCCGGUGCCGAGUCUGCUGCACCUUCCGGAUCACCGCCUGUGCUCAUUGUAGAGGUGGAGAAUGUGAAGCUACCGGUUUACAAACAAACCCCAGAAGUCAAGGCGCUAACACAAGAGAUUAUCAAGACUCUACGCGACAUCAUCACCAUGAAUCCCCUGUAUAGGGAGAGUCUCCAUCAAAUGCUGCAUCAGAAUCAACGAGUUGUGGACAACCCCAUCUACCUAUGCGACUUGGGUGCCUCCCUGUCGUCCGGAGACCCAGAGGAGCUGCAAAAUAUCCUAGAGGAAGAAGAUAUCCCAAAACGCCUGCAACUGUCCCUGACAUUGCUCAAAAAGGAGCAGGAGCUAUCGAGACUGCAAGCGAAAAUUGGACGCGAGGUAGAGGAAAAAGUCAAGCAGCAGCACCGAAAAUACAUACUGCAGGAACAGCUGAAGGUUAUCAAAAAGGAGCUGGGCAUUGAGAAAGACGACAAGGAUGCCAUCGGUGAAAAGUAUAUGGAAAAACUCAAAGACAAAAUCGUUCCAGAAAGUAUUAAGCAGGUCAUCGAUGAGGAACUGACCAAACUGAACUUCCUGGAGAGUCAUAGCUCUGAAUUUAAUGUAACCCGCAACUACCUCGACUGGCUCACCUCGCUACCCUGGGGCGUCAUUAGCACUGAGAAUCUCUGCCUGGACAAAGCCAACGAGAUCCUAAACCACGAUCACUACGGAAUGGAGGAUAUCAAGAAGCGCAUUCUAGAGUUUAUCGCCGUCAGUUCUCUGAAGGGCAGCACGCAGGGCAAGAUCCUGUGCUUCCAUGGACCGCCUGGUGUGGGCAAGACGAGUAUAGCCAAGUCCAUUGCUCGGGCCCUGAAUCGUGAGUACUUCCGCUUCAGUGUGGGCGGCAUGACGGAUGUGGCUGAGAUCAAGGGACAUCGUCGCACCUACGUAGGCGCAAUGCCUGGCAAGCUGAUACAGUGCUUGAAAAAGACUAAGACGGAAAACCCUCUAGUGCUCAUUGAUGAGGUGGACAAGAUUGGCAAGGGCUAUCAGGGAGAUCCCAGCUCGGCGCUGUUAGAGCUACUCGAUCCCGAGCAGAAUGCCAAUUUCCUGGACCACUAUCUGGACGUGCCAAUCGAUCUGUCGCGUGUGCUAUUCAUUUGCACGGCCAACGUGAUCGAUACCAUACCAGAGCCGCUGAGGGAUCGCAUGGAGCUGAUUGAGAUGUCCGGCUAUGUGGCCGAGGAGAAGGUGGCCAUUGCCCGUCAGUAUCUGAUACCGCAGUCGAUGAACGACUGUGGCCUGACCGACGAGCAUAUCAGCAUAACCGAGAAAGCCCUGAAUAUGCUGAUACGCAGCUAUUGCCGCGAGUCCGGAGUGCGUAACUUGCAGAAGCAGAUCGAGAAGGUCAUUCGCAAAGUGGCCUUCCUUUUGGUCAAGAAGGAGGGCACCAACUUCCCAGUGGAUGCCGAAAACCUGACCACAUUCCUGGGCAAGCAGAUCUUUACCUCGGAUCGCAUGUACGAGACGACGCCGCCGGGCGUGGUCAUGGGCCUAGCCUGGACGGCCAUGGGUGGCUCAUCGCUGUACAUUGAGACAUCGCCACGGAACAAACAGAAAAGCCAGGGCCCCAAAUCAGAAGCCAGCGGUGUGGGCAGAGUUGGCACUUUGUAUAUCACCGGAAACCUUGGGGAUGUGAUGAAGGAAUCGGCCCAAAUAGCCCUUACGGUUGCCCGUAACUUUAUUCAAAUUCGCUAUCCUGACAACCAGUACCUGGAGCUGGAAAACAUUCACCUGCACGUUCCUGAGGGGGCCGUACCAAAGGAUGGACCCAGUGCUGGAGUCACCAUAAUCACAGCCUUAAUUUCGUUGGCCACCAACAAGCCUGUGCGUAAGGAUGUGGCCAUGACGGGCGAGAUAUCGCUGAAGGGCAAGGUUCUGCCCGUAGGAGGAAUCAAGGAGAAGGCCAUAGCCGCACGUCGCAGUGGCGUCAACUGUCUCAUCCUGCCCGCGGACAACAAGAAGGACUUCGAGGAGUUGCCCAAGUUCAUAACCGAAGGCCUGGAGGUUCACUUUGCGGCCAACUACGAGGAUGUCUACAACAUCGCCUUCUCCGAACCCACCAAAAACGAGGCCGAGGCCCAAGUAUUGCCGGCGCCGGAUCAGGAGCCCCUCGAAAAGGUGUCCAGCGCGGCCAGUGCAUCCAGCGCCAUGCCUUUCAGGCCUUAAUCGUAGUCAUAGCUUAGGGGUUGGGGGUUGCAUCGUUGUAUUGACAUCGAUAUCAGGUUAAUUAGUGUAUGUAGACAAUACAAAAGCAUUUGCUAAACCUAA